AUGGCAGGCAACCGUGCCCCAAAACAGUGGUCUCUCACAAAACAAGAAACAAUAACAUCGUUUGAAGCAUGGCGUCAAAAUUUACAAUAUACAUUAUCGUUAGACCCAAACUUCGCCCCAUUUUUGAUCGAUGGGGUAACUUGGCUGAGAAAGACCACAGCCGCCCCACUUCGCGGUUUCGAAAAUGAUGCCGAUACUGUACCCGAAGCACGCCGUCGUACUGCAGAGCAAAAAGCAGCCCAACUGGAGCUUAUAUUGGGCCAAAUAGCCAAUUAUUGCCCCGUAAUUUCCCGAAAUACUAUUGUCAAAAACUCGACAUCUUUGAGCACUAUUUGGCAAUCAAUUCGAGCUCACUUUGGGUUUCAGUCCACAGGUGGUCAUUUCUUAGACUUUAAUAACAUUCACUUAGAAGCUGACGAGCGUCCGGAAGACCUUUACCAAAGGCUUGUUAGCUUCAUUGAUGACAAUUUGCUCAAAGCUGAUGGUGGUAUUCGACACCAUGGUGAAAACGUUACAGCUGAUGAAGACAUCUCCCCAACAAUGGAGAACAUAAUUGUGUUGACAUGGCUACGCCUUAUCCAUCCUUCUUUACCGGCUCUAGUCAAACAGCGCUAUGGUGCUGAACUUCGAUCACAAACUGUCGCGUCCCUCAAACCUGAAAUUUCCCAAGCACUAGACUCCCUCCUUGACGAAAUUAACUCCGCCAACGAUGCAAAAGUCCUCCGUACUGCUUUCCAACAAUCCCUCAAGCACCCUCAAUCCAGUAGUCGCCGUCAAACCCCUACAGCCCUACCACGGACAUCUAAAACCCCAACAAAAAGUUGCCCCUUGUGUAGACAAGCAGGUCGACAACACCAACACUACCUGAGUAGGUGCCCCUACCUCCCAGUCGAAGACAAGCAAUACCUCUCCCGCUCAAGACAGGUAGUCGGCACAGAACCGGGAGACCCGCUAUCUGAUUGCGAAGUAGAAGACCCACAAGAUUCCCACAACUACCGAAUCAAGACUACCACCAACCGAGUUAGUGUUAAGCAGUCACCCCAUCUCCAGGCCUUCUAUGCCCAUCACCCACUACUUUUGACAUUAGACACAGGAGCAGAAACCAGUAUGAUAAAGACCAGCAUUGCCAAUGAAAUUGGAGCUACUAUACAGAAGACUACUCAGAAAGCCCUCCAAGCAGAUGGUAUUACCCAGUUAGCCGUCGUCGGAGAAGUCCAUUUGACUUUGUCCCGUAACCACUUUAAUUUGCAGUUGGAUGCACUUGUCGUUGAUAGUUUGGACGUCGAUGUACUAGCCGGGACUCCUUUCAUGAUCACCAACGACAUCUCCCUCCGGCCAUCCAAGCAAGAACUCACCAUUCAAGGAAGCGAGAACGUGUAUUAUGGCUCCAGACAACCAGCUGGGACCAUAGGCUCGGUCCGACGAACACAAUCUACAGUCCUUCGUGCCCCAUCCUCCUCCACCGUAAUUUGGCCAGGACAGUACCUUGAAUUAGACCUUCCCGAUCACGUAGACCCGGAUUCUAUCCUUGCCCUAGAACCCCGUAAGGAUUGUUCUAGAUCAGACUGUGAGUGGCCAAGCCCCCAUAUUGUACAGGCAGUCGCAAGCAAGAUCCGUAUACCCAAUCAGACCCCUCACCCUAAACUUAUCCCUCGUCAUGACCAUUUGUGUCAGGUCCUACCAACCUACAUCCCAUAUCCACACCCCGAUGUUCCCAAAUCUAGCAACAGCACCCCAGUAGCACCCUCCUCUCCUACACCCCAUGAAUAUUCCUUAUCUGUCCAGCUAGACCCCGAUUCUAUCCUAUCAAAGAGCAUGCACUCUGAAUUCAGCCGGUUAGUUAAAGAAUAUGACGAUGUUUUUGAUAAAAAUAUCUCUGGAUACAACGGUGCUGCCGGUCCUUUUGAAGCUGUCGUAAAUAUGGGCCCAGUACAACCACCACAACGCAAAGGCAGACUCCCCCAAUAUGCGCCGAACAAGCUGGUCGAGCUUCAACACAAAUUUGACGAGCUUGAAUCGCUAGGCAUUUUUCAGCCCCCUGAAAACCUUGGCAUAACCGUUGAAUACCUUAAUCCAUCAUUCCUCAUUAAGAAGCCAAGCGGAGGACACCGACUAGUCACUGCCUUUGCUGAUGUUGGUCGGUACAGCAAGCCACAACCAUCUCUAUUACCCGAUGUCGAUUCUACCCUCCGAACAAUCGCCAAAUGGAAGUACAUCAUCGUAUCCGACCUUACCAGCGCUUUCUAUCAGAUACCACUUGCUAAAGGUUCCAUGAAGUACUGUGGCGUCGUGACUCCAUUCCGCGGCGUUCGAGUCUACACCCGAUCAGCUAUGGGCAUGCCAGGGUCAGAAACAGCCCUCGAGGAGCUCAUGUGUCGCAUACUCGGUGAUUGCCUAGAAGAUGGAAUCGCUGCAAAGCUUGCAGACGACUUGUACUGCGGUGCAGACACACCGGAGGAACUGCUCAUCAACUGGAAGAGGAUCCUAGACGCCCUCCAAAAGUGCAAUAUCAAGCUUUCUCCAUCCAAAACCAUUAUUUGCCCACGCAGUACCACCAUCUUAGGCUGGAUUUGGACACAGUGA